GAUCUUAAAAUCUCAAGACAUGUAUUUCCUUGGACUCUUGUCUUUGCUUGUUUUGCAAAGCAAAGCCUUCAAGACAAAUUUUCCUGAUGAAACCAUUGCAGAGCUGUCUGUGAAUGUUUACAAUCAGCUGCGAGCUGCAAGAGAAGAUGAGAAUAUUCUUUUCUCUCCUCUAAGCAUUGCAAUAGCCAUGGGAAUGGUAGAGCUUGGAGCCCAUGGAACCACUUUGAAAGAAAUUCGACAUUCCUUGGGUUUUGACAGCUUAAAAAAUGGUGAAGAGUUUACCUUCUUGAAGGACCUUUCUGAUAUGGCAACCACUGAAGAAAGUCAUUAUGUUCUGAAUAUUGCUAAUUCUCUCUAUGUGCAGAAUGGAUUUCAUAUCAGUGACAAAUUUUUGCAGUUGGUGAAAAAAUACUUUAAAGCUGAAGUUGAGAAUAUAGACUUUAGCCAAAGUGCAGCUGUAGCUACCCACAUUAAUAAGUGGGUCGAGAAUCAUACAAAUAAUAUGAUCAAAGAUUUUGUGUCUUCAAGAGAUUUUGGUGCUCUAACUCAUUUGGCUCUCAUCAACGCAAUCUACUUUAAAGGCAACUGGAAAUCACAAUUCAGACCUGAAAAUACAAGAACUUUUUCUUUCACUAAAGAUGAUGAAAGUGAAGUGCAGAUUCCAAUGAUGUACCAGCAGGGAGAGUUUUACUAUGGAGAGUUCAGUGAUGGCUCCAAUGAAGCAGGUGGUAUCUAUCAAGUUCUGGAAAUACCAUAUGAGGGAGAUGAAAUUAGUAUGAUGAUCGUUCUUUCCAGACAGGAAGUUCCACUGGUCACACUGGAACCACUGGUCAAAGCCUCGUUAAUUAAUGAAUGGGCUAAUUCUGUAAAGAAGCAGAAAGUGGAAGUCUAUUUACCGAGGUUCACAGUAGAACAGGAAGUUGAUCUGAAAGAUGUCUGGAGAGGUCUCGGAAUUACAGAACUGUUCAGUAGUAGUGCUGACCUUACUGCGAUGUCUGAUAACAAAGAACUUUACCUUUCAAAGGCAUUUCACAAGGCAUUUCUAGAAGUUAACGAGGAAGGAUCAGAAGCUGCUGCUGCCUCAGGAAUGAUUGCCAUUAGCAGAAUGGCAGUGCUGUAUCCUCAAGUUAUAGUUGAUCAUCCCUUUUUCUUUUUGGUCAGAAACAGAAGAACAGGUACUGUGUUAUUCAUGGGAAGGGUAAUGCACCCUGAAGCAAUGAAUACAAGUGGGCAUGACUUUGAAGAGCUUUAACUGCCACCAGCUACCAAAAAGAGAAGAUAAGCACAUAAAGUUUGAAGUUAAUAUAUUUAAGGUUUGCUGUGUUUUCCCCCAACGUAUUGUUUAAAAUGCUUUCAGAUCUAACUGUGUGCAAGUCAGUUUCCAGACAAAAACUUACAGUAUUAAAGUAAUGGUUCUGUUUCUGUCAUUGUGAUUGCCGUGUCCUUAAAAUAAAGUUGUGUACAUGUCAACAA